AUGAGGCCGGGCUGAGCGAUGUGCGAGCAGGCAGCGCGCUACUGCCGGGCCGGGGUGCAGAAGCUGCUGCGGAAGCCGGCGCCGGCGCUGCGCGGGCUGGACGGGCUGCUGCGCUGGGCGGCCGGCAGGAUGGGCGACAAGGGCCUGGCCGACAGGGAGCUGCUGGCCCCGGGGGCCGCCGCCGCCCAGAGGAAGGGCACCUCCGUCAUCCUCGAUAUUUUCAGAAGAGCUGACAAAAAUGAUGAUGGGAAGCUGUCCCUGGAGGAGUUCCAGGCCUUCUUUUCUGAUGGGACACUCAACGAGGAAGAACUUGAGAAGCUCUUUCACACCAUUGACUCAGACAACACUAACAAUGUGGACACCAAGGAGCUGUGUGACUAUUUUGCUGACCAUAUGGGAGACUAUGAGGAUGUUUUGGCCUCCCUGGAGAUGCUGAACCUCUCCAUCCUGAAGGCCAUGGACUACACCAAACGGGUGUACGAGAGCGGCAGCAACGUGGACCAGUUCGUGACCCGCUUCCUGCUGAAGGAGACGGCCAACCAGACCCAGUCACUGCUGAGCUCUGUGGAGAGUGCUGUGGAUGCCAUCGACGAGCAAACCAACCCCACCAGACACUGCCCCAGCAAGGAUGCUCACGGCCUGAGUGACGCCUGGUAUGACAACCCUGUCCCCAGCUACUCUCCCACCACCUGGAUGGUCCCCAGGGAGCAAGGAAAGAGCGUCCAGGCUGGUUCCCCUGACACCAAGGCAGAGGGGCUGGAGGGGCAGAUCAACAGGCUGGCCAAGCUGAUUGGCAAGCUGGAGGACAAGACGCUGUGGUUUGACCUGCAGCAGCGGCUGUCGGACAGCGAGAGCACGGCCUGCACGUACCUGCUCCUGGUGAGGAAUGAGAUGACAGUGUCACACAAGCACCUGGGCGAGUUCUGCAGCUCCCUGAAGCAGUACCUGAAGAGCGUGGCCGGGGAGCGGGACUGCUUCCACGUCACUGCAGUGAAGCUGCCUGAUGGGGUCACCUUCAUCGUCUAUGAGUUCUGGGAGACCGAGGAGGACUGGAAGAGGCACCUGCAGAGUGCCACCUGCAAGAGCUUCCAGCACGUCAAGGUGGACACGCUCAGCCAGCCUGAGGCCAUCUCCAGCGUGGCCGUGCCAGCUGCCUGGUGCACCCUGAGCCGAGAGUGACAGUGCCAGGAGCCCGCCAGCACCUGUCCCCUGUGCCCGGGGCAGGUGUCGGUGUGACCUGGCUGCAGUGAAGGAAACUCCCACCUGUGUGUCCCCACCCCAGAGAGUCCUCCCUCAGCUACCCCAUCACCUGGGGCAUCUCUCCCUGCUGUGGGGUGGUCUCGGGGGAAACAAGGACUGCCAGGGAGGGGCUUGGGU